UUCGUUGAGUGAGGUUGGUUUUUUCGUAUCUAGUUCUUGGUUUGGCAAAUUUUGGACCAGUCUCGGUGCCCGAGAGAUUGGUACUUGGCAGCCAGGUUGUAGUGCUAGAGUCACUGGCCUGUACGCAUCAGCGAGAGCUAUCCGCUAAUCAAUAACGAGGAUUAAAAGUGAAAAUUUAUUUAUUGCAUUUGUUAUUACAUAAUAUCAUAAUUUUAUUGACAAUAAAAAGUGUACUUAACGGGAGGGCAGUGUUGAUAAAUCAUCCAACUACAUCAAAUGUGUUAUUUAUAGUGUGAAUAUGCAAACUCGAAGAUAACUACCAAGUACAAUGGAUGAAGUGUUGAGAAUUGGUUAACUGAAGACAAACGAAGCCUCAAGAUAUUAUAUGUGCUGGAUAACUACACCCUCAAUUCAAAGAAUUUAAAACAAAAGUGCAAAGUGAAAAAUCGGUGAAAAUGGUGUCCUACUACAACCAUUUUGCAAUGUACCCAAAAAAUCACAGUGGUAACUUGCCGUAUUCGGCCACUUCCGGUUGGUACCCGGGAAACUAUCAGCAUCAGCCGCCGCACCAUCAGUUUAUUGGCGAUGGGGAAUCCUCUCCGCAGCCGAUGUACUAUCCACAUCCGCAUGUGUUCCAUCAGUCCAGUCCGGAUUGGACCGGACAUGAAAACUUCCCAACACCUCCGCAGACGCUGCUUCCGCAUGGGUCCAGUCCCGGCGGGCUUCACCUCGGAAGUGGCGGCGGCGUCGGUGGGCAAAGCAGCGGUCCCGGAAGCACAAACGGGGCCAAUCCGGGUGAUCACAUUGGCGACGGGCUGCACAGUAUACCGUCGCCACCGAUUACCGUUUCCGGUAGCGAUAUGUCCAGCCCCGGAGCGCCCAAUGGGUCCUCGUCGCCACAGAUUACCUCCCAACGGCCGACACCGGUCAAAAGUCCCUUCGAGUGGAUGAAGAAGCAAUCGUAUACGGCGCAACCCAAUCCAGGCCUGAUCAACAUCUGUUCGGCGCCGUCCCUGCAAGAUUUCACCCCCAUGGAAUCCGGUGGGAAAACACGUACCAAGGACAAAUACCGGGUAGUUUACACCGACCAUCAGCGGCUCGAACUGGAAAAGGAGUUCCACUACACCCGGUACAUCACGAUCCGCCGGAAGUCGGAGCUGGCCCAGUCGCUGCAGCUCUCGGAACGACAGGUCAAAAUCUGGUUCCAGAACCGCCGCGCCAAGGACCGCAAGCAGAAGAAGAAGGCCGAGAACGGUGUCAUGGGUCUGAACAGCCAGUCGCUUUCCUCGGUGGCCCACUCGCAGCACAACGUCGUCCAGGGCAUGUCCAAUCUGCUGGUGGACACGAAACCGAAGCUGGAACCCUCGCUACACCUGUCGCACCUGCACCAGAUGAGCGCCAUGAGUAUGGGCAUGGGCUCGAUGGGACUCCACCAUCCUCACCAUCCGCUGCACUCGCACCUGGGAGUGCCCACCUCACAGCACCUGAACCAGGGCCAUGGACAUGGCCCCCAGGGUCCCCCAACUUCGUUAAGCAUAAUGUGAUGUGGUUCGCUAGAUUAACUUAUUUCUCCUUGAUUUAGAGCUGUAGCGAGGUAGAAUCGUAAAUUAUAAGAGCAUUCAGCUCCGACUUAACGAGUUAUUAGCAAAUGGAAAGUUGUUCAUAGAAGGGGUGCCGCCAAGCUAGAGUGAGAGCAAAGAAAAUGAAGAAAAACACCUCACAGUAAUCUACAACGGACGCAUAAGUUAGGUUAGGGAAAGGCAGCUUGGAAUAUCAUUAUAUAUGAAUGCUCUGGACGGGCUUGGACGCACGAACUGAAAUGCCUUAUUAGAAUGCUGCUGCUGCUGUAGCCAGCCUUCCAUUUUCUGUGUGUUGGUGCGAAUUUCAUUCGCCGCACGAAAAAGAAACCAAUCUCACGCGUCUGGUUAUGAAUAAUUUAUAAGCCCGCACCCGCCAUCGCCGGUAGGUCGAAUCCGACCAAUCGGAAGGCCUCAUGCAUAAAUUAUACACCGAGCUCCAGGAAACGAAAUGCCAGUCAAUCCCCCAAGCUGUGCGAUGCCCUCGUUUGGAAACCCAAGCCCAAGCUCCACCCUUUUGCGAUCCGUCGUUAGAAAACCAAAACUUCGAGAAAUAAACGGCAGUCGGGCGAAAAAAUAACGAAAAUUAAACAAAGUGCAAUGUAAAAAUGAUAUAAUUUUAAUAACCUAAUUUAGCGUGUAAGAAUUUGUUAGUUCCCAUGAACGGUUGCAACGAGUUUAACGUGUAGCAAUACGCGUGCAAAUUAUUAUGAACUGGCAGUUUAGGCUAGCUUUCCACUGCGCUACUUAAAUAGUUUAAUUUGCCUGCAAUAGUAUUAAAACCAACCAGAAAAUAACGUUACAUCUAAGAAACCAAUCAUCAUUUCUCUGUAAAAGCAACUGGAUAAAAUGUUUUGAAUAAAGACACCCAUAGACCAACGAAAGCAUUGUCUAGCGAUCGUUUCACCUUUUUCCAACUUUUACCUCAUGAGAAGAAUAAAGAAAAAAAAACUGUCAACAAAACCCGUUUAAUCGAAACAACUUAACACUGAAAAAAAACAAAAAAAACACGACAAAAAAGGCUCCAAGGUGCUAAUUGCCUGCGGCACCAAACUUAAAAUUCACGAUCUUUACGUUAUACACACACAAACAAGGAAGAAAUCGCCAGAAACGACUAUGUUGACCUCGUAUCGCGAGGUUGUGAAAUUCGGUCGAUAGGGGAUUUUCUCACAUCAAAACACAAACACACUAACAACCAACUAACCAACAACAACAGUGCAAAACAGUGCGCGAUGCCGCCGCUUCGACGAGAUUACUUUAGUUAGUUAAGAGAUACUUAGGUUUCAAUUCAACCAUUAUGAGUUUUGAGUUUUGCUGUCGUUAUUAUGGUUAAAAUUAUUUUUUUAAACCGUAACAUAAUUCUGUAGAGUUUGUUUUGCCGGUUACGACUGUCACCAUUCAUCGAUCGUCUUCUUCGUUUUGAGUGGUAGGAGUAUAUAUGUAUGUAUGUAUGUACAUCUGCACCGGGAGGGAUUCCCGGGAGGAAGUUUUUGAUUAUGUUGGAUACUUACACCCAUUGUAGAUACAUUCUAAUUGCAAUCACAUAAACUUAAAAUCGAUACACAUGGAAGAAAAUAAACAAAAAAAACAACACACACCCCACACUUAAUUAUUAUAAGUGAAGCAAGAAAAAAUAAAAAAAAUAUAUGCUUACUAUCUGAAA